UGUGCGCCCACAUGUGCUGAUUUGGUUCGGGUUUUAAACCUUUGAAAGUCACGCACAGUCACUCUUUUUCGUUGUCAAUUUGACAAGAUGUUGCUGAAGGUUGUUGUCUUGGGUCUUACGACUUGCGCCUCGGCGCUCAACGCUCGCUCUUACCGUGUUGAUAUUCCUCACCAUGGAGAAGCUUCCUCGAAAAUCGCACAGCGAACGCUUCCAAUUUUUUCGCCCUCAGGAUCACUGAAUAUCUCCUCGUUGGCUUCGGAUAUCAACUCCGUGAUUUCAUCGAGUGUUCAAGUCACCUACACGCCUCGACCUACAACCAUCAACCCAACCAUCGCACCAUAUCCUACCAAGUCGAAUGGCACCAGCACCUCUUCGGCGCCGUUAUCGACUGGAACGUCUGAAUCUUGCGCUCCUUACUGGCUUGAGAAUAUCAGGCAUCAGGGCGUCGCUUCUUUCAACCCGAAUUCUGACAACUACACUGUUUUCAGGAACGUGAAGGAGUUCGGUGCUAGAGGUGACGGAGUUACCGAUGAUACUGCGGCGAUCCAGAAAGCUGUUACUCAAGGCAAUCGAUGCGGACCUUCCCAGUGCGAGUCUUCGACUAAUACGCCUGCAUUGGUGUACUUCCCUGAAGGCACAUAUCUGAUCUCUUCGAGUAUCAUUGAUUACUACUACACUCAGCUCAUUGGCAACCCGAAUUGUCUCCCAACUCUGCUCGCAACCUCUAAUUUCACCGGUCUCGGUUUGAUUGAUGGCAGCCCCUACCUAGGCACUGGCACCCGUCCCGGACGAACUGGCUUCGGGCCGACCAACACGUUCUUCCGCCAAAUCCGUAACCUCGUUUUGGACAUGACCAAUAUCCCGGCAAAUGUCUCCGCAACUGGUGUGCAUUGGCCUACUGCGCAGACGACAAGCCUUCAAAAUGUUGUUUUCAAGAUGUCUGCGGCGAACAGUACGCAACACCAGGGCCUGUUCAUCGAAGAAGGUUCUGGAGGCUUCAUGACAGAUCUGGUCUUCGAGGGCGGUAACUACGGAUUCAAUGUUGGCAACCAGCAGUUCACUACGCGUAACCUGACUUUUAACAAUGUCGUUACUGCCAUCAAUCAGCUAUGGGACUGGGGAUGGACAUACUCCGGUGUUACAAUCAACAACUGCCAAGUUGGUUUGAAUGUCUCGGCUGGAGGUCCAUCGGCUGUUAAUGUUGGCUCAAUCACCCUCUUUGACAGCGAGAUCAACAAUACACCUGUUGGUAUCAUCACCGCUAGGACUGACAAUUCCGAGCCCGCUGCCGCUGGAAGUCUGUACCUGGAGAACGUCAAGCUGAACAAUGUCGGUGUGGCUGUUGCUGGGCCUAACUCGACCUAUCUUCAGGGCACUGCCGGGUCAACCGUUAUUGCUGCUUGGGCUGAUGGUCAUCGUUACUUGCCGGAGGGUCCUGUUGAGGCUCGAGGUCCAAUCGAACCUAGCAAGAGGCCGGCUGAGUUGCUCGACGCUGCAGGAAAGUACUACACGCGUUCGAAGCCACAGUAUGGCUCCCUCCCGCUGUCUUCUUUCCUCAGUACCCGUGACCUCGGUGCUGCUGGUGAUGGUGUGACUGAUGACACUGCUGCUCUGAACGCUGCUCUGCUGCAGGCUAAGGCAGAGGGCAAGAUCCUCUUCGUCGAUGCCGGCUUCUACAAGGUCACAGGAACGAUAUACAUCCCGCCAGGUUCCAAGAUUGUUGGUGAAGCCCUCGCAUCCGUCAUUCUCUCAGCCGGCGAAUACUUCAACGACAUCAACAACCCCAAACCCGUGGUCCAGGUUGCACAGCCCGGUGAGCAAGGCUCAAUUGAGUGGUCUGACAUGUUCGUCAGCACGCAAGGGCAGCAAAAGGGCGCCAUCCUUAUCGAGUACAACUUGGGUACCUAUGACUCCACCCCAGCAGGCAUGUGGGACGUCCACACUCGGAUCGGUGGCUUCGCUGGCUCAGGUCUCCAAACCGAGCAGUGCGAGAAGACCCCAGACACUAUUAUCACGUCCGCGAACCUGGUCCAGGAAUGCAUCGCUGCAUACAUGUCCAUUCAUAUUACCAAGUUCGCCGCCGGCCUCUACCUAGAGAACAACUGGCUCUGGGUCGCGGACCACGAUCUCGACGACGCGCGCAACAAUAACACCCAGAUCACCAUCUACGCAGGCCGCGGCUUGCAUAUCGAGAGUCAGCGCGGCCAGCUAUGGCUAUGGGGCACAGCAGUCGAGCACCACGUCCUGUACGAAUAUCAAUUUGUCGACACGCGCAAUGUCUUCAUGGGCCAGAUCCAAACCGAAACAGCCUACUACCAGCCCAAUCCGGACGCCACCAUCCCCUUCCCACCCAACCCUGCUCUCAAUGACCCCAUUUUUGCCCCUUUUACCAAUGGAACAGGCAACAACACUGCUAGCACAGCGAGCGGAUGGGGGCUGCGCAUCGUGCGGAGCAACAACAUCCUUGGCUACGGUGUAGGACUGUACUCGUUCUUUGACAACUACAGCACGGCUUGCUCAGCAGUUGGUGCUGGAGCGGUUUGCCAGACGCGCAUAUUUACCAUCGAAGGCGAUAGGCUCAGCUACGACAUUAACAUUUACAACUUGAACACAGUAGGAGCUACGAACAUGAUUACGCGGGAUAAUGUUGAUUUGGCAAGCAAUGUGGAUAAUAACAGUACGUUUGUGGACACUAUCAACUUGUUUAGGAUUGAUGGGUAUGGGUCGCCGUCGGAGUCGGAUGAUGAGUAGUGUGAAUACCUUGUAGAAUUAAUGCACCCUCUCUCCCAACAGCUUGCGCAUCGUUCGUCAGUUUGCGAAGCUUGUAUAACUCUGGAAGAGCAGGUUUCUUGGGACGAUUUUAGAAUAUUUCCACAUUGUUGAAAAUAUUACCCCCAAUAAUACCCACGAAAGCGUG